CAGAGGAAAGUGGGUUUACAGAGCUGCGAGAAACAAACACUGACAAAAUACUGACAGGUGGAUUACAGACAGGAGGACUACCUGAGCUCUGCUUUCUGCAAAGAUGUCUGACAGUGAGAAGACAGGUCCUGGGGAGGAGCUAUCAGGUCCCCAAGAGGAGGGCACUGAUGCUGAAGAGAAACCACAGGAGGGCACAGAGGAUGUAGAGAAACAGCAAGUGAGCACAGAGGCCGGGGAGAAAGAGGAUGGUGAAGCAGCUUUACCCAGACUUACAAAUGAGGGCAUCGCCCCUCCUCUUAUCAACAUACAGAAAGAUCAGGGAGCUAAAGGGCACAGGCGUUUAGGUUCCAAGAAACCCAAGGGUACAAGUCACACAGCAGCCUCUGUUGUAUCAUCUCCUACAAUGACCACACCAACACCUGGUAAAAAGACCACAGUGCUGUCAAAUGAAGCGAGGAAGGAGAUGGCCAAACAGGCCAAGGCCACCAAGGACGAGCGCCGGGCCCUGCUAGAUGCCCGACACAAGUACCUUAUUGUCAAGCUGGCUGACGGCGUGGGCCUGGGAGAGACAGAGGUGGAGGAGGCGGUAAUUUCUGAUGAAAAGUUUAACAUGAUUGAUGAAUUCUUUGCACCAAAUGGAACAAAGAAGCUCCUCUUCUUCUACCAAGAAGUAAGAAUGCACAAGCAAAGCAUGUCCUCCUGGAUUGACAGCUCCAGUGUGCACACAGUAGUGACACAGGCACAGAAGAAGCUCUUUGUGACCAGUGGCUCUGCUGAGGGUUUAGUUGGAACAUGUUUGUUUUUUCUUAGGACCACAGACAAAGCUAUAACAACAGCAAAUGUCUCCCAGGAAGUGAAUUUUGGAAUGCUGGAGUGCUCCGAUGGGAACAUACUUUACAGCCUGGAAAAGCUUUUUGCUCAGAUCAUGCUACCUGCACUUAAAUCCCAAGAGAACUGGGGUGCAGUAAAGGAUGGUCUGAACAGUGCCCAGGUACAGGAGUUCCUGAGUUCGGUGGAGAAGUUCGUUAGUAGCCUGUCUUCAGCCAGGCAAAGCGUGGAGGGAAAAUUCCAGCUACAGACAGAGGAUGUUGAAUAUAACCUGGAUGGUCUUCAGGGUCCUUUGGAUUUCUCUAAUGCUGCUGCAAACUCAGAGCUGGUGGAGGCCUUGGAAGGAGCGCUGCUGCGAUGGGCCAAGCAGAUCGAGCAAGUCCUGACGGAGGGUGAGCAGAUGCGGAAGGAGGCCGACGACAUCGGGCCCUCUGCGGAGCUCGAGCACUGGAAGAAGAGAAUGGCAACAUUCAAUAGUCUUUUAGAUGAAAUCAAAAGUUCCUGUGUCAAAAGGGUCAUUGGUGUGCUACAGGUUGCUAAAUCCAGAACUCUGAAGAUCUGGAAACAGCUGGAUGGCAACAUCACUAAUGCUGCUAAUGAAGCUAAAGACAAUGUGAAAUAUCUCUACACUCUGGAGAAGUUCUUCGGCCCCCUUGGCAAGUGUUCACCACCCAGCAUGAUGGAACACAUCCCAAGCCUAAUGAACAGCAUUCGAAUGAUCCACAGCAUAUCCCAGUACUACAACACCUCUGAGCGUAUGACAUCUCUCUUUGUGAAAAUCACCAACCAAAUGAUAAGCACUUGCAAAACAUACCUCACUCAGGGUGUUUCCAAAAUCUGGGAGCACGACAGGGACGAGCUGCUCAAAAGGAUCAAGGAGUGCAUGGAGCUCAAUCAUGAGUAUCAGCAGUGCUUCCAGCGAGUUCGUGAAAAGCUCAGAGAAAACCCAAAUGACAAGCAGUUUGAAUUCAGUGAAAACUACAUCUUCGGGAAAUUUGACACUUUCUGCAAACGGCUAGAAAAGAUUGCAGACAUGAUUGACACUAUUGAGAGCCUGUCAUCUCUUCAGCAAGUGAAGAUUGAAGGGAUUGAGAAGAUCUAUAUUCGCUACCAGACCAUUGUUACCACUACAAAGUCCAAAUCCUACAAUAUUCUUGACCACAGAAAACAGGAGUUUGACAAUGACUACACAGAGUUUAGGUACCAGAUCCAAGGGCUGUAUCAAUCACUCCAAACACUCCUGGAUUCCUGGUUUGAGCAAUCUUUAACGACAGAGAGAAUGUUGGAUCUCCUAACCAAAUUUGAAAAAAUUGCUGGGGAUCACCUUGACCUGAGUGACAAGUACUUGGCUGUCCUUCAGCGAUACAGCAGAGACUUGGAUCUUGUUCGCAAGCUUUACCAGAAACAGAAGGACAACCCCCCCACACCCCGUAACAUUCCUCCCGUGGCUGGGAAGAUACUGUGGUCCAGGCAGCUCUUCAGAAAGAUUGAAUUGCCCAUGAAGGUCCUGAAAAAUAAACUUGAAAUCCUAAAGGUUCCUGAAAUGAAGAAGAUUAUUCGAAACUACAAUAAGAUGGCAGCUGUGCUCCUGGAGUUUGAGUUGCUGUAUCACCGGGGAUGGUGCAGGGCAGCUGAGAUUGGUCGUCGUGGGCUGAACGCCUCUUUACUUGUCAGGCAUCCUGACACAAAGGAACUUUAUGUUAAUCUAGAUCCACUCAUCCUUGAAGUCCUGCAUGAAGCCAAGUAUUUGCACAAAAUGGGUUUUGAGGUUCCUGAUGUUGUUCUCAUGAUGUGUGCAAAUGAAGCACAAAUCAAGGCUCAUCAGAUCAAGCUACGAGACAUGCUGCAGGAUUUCCAGGAUAUUCUCAACAAGACCCCCUCCAUAUUACAGCCUCUGUUGCAGCCUUUUGUGAGCCAUGUUGAGGAUGCUCUCUCACCAGGGCUCACCAUGCUCUCAUGGACUUCCCUCAACAUACAGAGAUUCAUUGAGAAUGUGUACAGCACCCUGACAGAGCUGGAGCAGAUAGGAAAGUCAGCAGGGGACACCUUGGAGUGUCGUAUUGAGAGGAGCCUGCAGACCAUGUCCUCCACUCCUCUGCUUGACCUGCCUGAGGAGGAGCCUGUAGACGUCAGUACCUUUCAGUUCAUGGCAGAGAGUGUGGUCACUGCAGCAGGGCAGGCUCUCAGCACGCAAAGCCAACAGGUGGAAAGGUCCAUGUAUGAGCUGAUAGAAGAUCUCAAGAGAAAGAUGAAACCUGCUGAAAAGACUAACUUAGAGGGCUCCUAUCCUUGUCUCCACCCUGAUGUCAAGCAGAAGACUCGCUGCCAGGAGUGUCUGCCCUGUAGCUUCUACAACAUGAUGGGCCAGCUGUGCCAGAAAAACACAGACGCUCUAGUCAAAUCUACAAAACUGUCCUUGGAUGCCCUCAAGCGACGGCUCCAUGUAGUCAGCUCUAAAUACCAGUCAGCUUUGCAGCCAGUAAGACCUGCUGCCCAGGCUCCUCUCUUCAAAGCUGCCUUUCAGCUUGCCAUACCCAACAUUGUCAUGAGACCGAGCCUCGACGACAUCCAGAGUACUCUUAAUAAAGCUGUGAACACUAUACUCUCCAUGGCAAAGGAUAUCCCACUAUGGACAUUUGCGCACUUGCAUCACAAACAGCUCGUGAUGGAGCAGAACGCUGUGAGGGACGCAGGGGAUGAUGGUAAACUGACCAAGCAGAUAGUGCUCAAGGCCCUGGACCGGCAGCUCAGUGAACACAAAGACAUCAGCAAGGUUGUCAUUCAGCUCAGCUCCAUUGUAUCCUCACUGAAGGCGGAUGCUGUGGACGUCCUGGACGACUUCUCCUGCUUCUCCAUCCUCUGGAAUCAGGAUCCAGAGGACCAGGUAAAACAAUUUCUGGAGACCAACCCAUCACUGUCAGAGUUCAGUGCUCAGAUUACCUCUUACUCAAAACUGGAAGCCCAGGUCGCAGAGUUGCCCCCUGUGCGCACAGUAGGCUCUGUGCAGUUUGACACCGAGCCACUGAAGCUCUCUCUGACACAAGAGUGCCGCAACUGGAAGCUGGCCUUUGGGGCAGCUCUGAACCGGAAGGCCUCCACAGACAUGGAGGAGAUCUACUCCUUCAUUGACAGCCUGAGCAAGAGGCUGAACCGCCCCGUCGAGGACCUGGAUGAUGUCCGAGGGACCAUGGCUGCACUGAAGGAAAUCCGAGAGGCUGAGAUCCGAAUAGACAUUACCAUAGGACCCAUUGAAGAGUCCUAUGCCCUCUUGAACAGGCACGAGCUCCUCUUCAAGGAUGGGAAUGCAGAAAGGGUAGAUGGUCUCGCUUAUGCCUGGAAGAACCUUAACACACAGGUUCUACAAACCCAGAACACACUUGUGAAGAUUCAGCCUGCAAUGAAAUCCGAUUUGCUGACUGGUGUGGAAUACUUUCAAUCAGCUGUGCAGGUUUUUUAUGCGGACUAUGAUGCAAGAGGGCCUGGUGUGGAAGGCAUCGCCCCCCGUGAAGCCAGUGACAGGUUACAGAUCUUUCAGGCGCAGUUUGAUGAGCUGUGGCAGAAAUUUAUCACUUACUCCGGAGGAGAGGAGCUGUUCGGCCUCACGGUGAAAGAAUAUCCUGACCUUCAGAGAAUCAAAAGGGAGCUUAAUCUGCUCCAGAAGCUUUAUACUCUGUACAAUUCAGUCAUAGAAAGUGUCAGUGGCUACUAUGAUAUUCUUUGGAGUGAGCUUGAUAUUGAGAAGAUUAACAAUGAACUUAUGGAUUUCCAGAAUCGAAUCCGCAAACUCCCCAAAGCACUGAAGGAGUGGCAGGCAUUCAAUGACCUGAAGAAGACAAUUGAUGACUUCAGUGAAACCUGUCCCCUGCUUGAAAUGAUGGCAAAUAAGGCAAUGAUGUCUCGGCACUGGCAGCGGAUUGCUGAAUUAACUGGGCACAAAUUUGACGUGGAGUCUGAAAAUUUCUCACUCAGGAACAUAAUGGAGGCUCCUCUCUUAAAAAAUAAGGAAGACAUUGAGGAUAUCUGCAUCAGUGCCAUCAAGGAGAAGGAUAUUGAGGCCAAGCUGAAGAGUGUGAUCAGUGAAUGGAGCAGCCAUGUCUUCACCUUUGCGCAGUUCAAAACCAGGGGGGAGCUGCUGCUGAAGGGCUCCGACACCACUGAAAAAGUGGCCCUUAUGGAGGACAGCCUGAUGAUCCUGGCAUCACUGAUGAGCAACAGGUACAAUGCACCAUUUAAGCCAACUAUACAACAAUGGGUUCAAAAGCUCUCAAACACCACAGAGAUUAUUGAGAACUGGCUUACUGUGCAGAACCUUUGGAUUUACCUGGAGGCUGUUUUUGUUGGGGGAGACAUUGCAAAGCAGCUGCCUCAGGAGGCUAAAAGGUUUCAGAACAUUGACAAGUCAUGGCAGAAGAUUAUCCAGCGGGCUCAUGAGAUGCCCAACAUAGUGCAGUGCUGUGUAGGGGAUGAGACUCUAGCCCAGCUGCUGCCUCACCUGCUGGAACAGCUGGAGAUGUGCCAGAAGUCCCUAACUGGGUAUUUGGAGAAGAAGAGGCUGGUGUUCCCCCGGUUUUUCUUCGUGUCUGACCCUGCUCUACUGGAAAUCCUGGGCCAGGCCUCUGACUCGCAUACCAUUCAGGCUCACUUGCUAAGUCUGUUUGAUAAUGUCAACCGGGUAGGAUUUAAUGAAAAGAACUAUGACCAGAUUCUCAACUUCCAAUCUCAAGAAGGUGAAACAGUUGACCUAAUGGAGUCUGUGAUGGCACAGGGGAAUGUUGAAGCCUGGUUGGGACUUCUGCUGGAUGGGGUGAAGAAGACUAUUCACAAUAUAAUAAGGCAAGCAUACAUGGCUAUAAGUGAUCCAGGAGUCAAGCUGUAUGAGUUCCAGUCCAUGUUCCCUGCACAAAUUGGACUGCUAGGAAUCCAGAUGAUCUGGACCAGAGAUUCAGAAGAAGCCCUUAGUCUUGCCAAAACUGACAAGAAGAUUAUGCAGACCACCAAUCAGAAGUUCUUGGAUAUCUUGAAUGACCUGAUUGACAUGACAACCAAGGACCUAACAAAGAUUGAACGAACAAAGUAUGAGACUCUAAUCACCAUUCAUGUGCACCAGAAGGAUAUAUUUGACGACCUGGUGCGCAUGAACAUCCGAUCAGCCUCUGACUUUGAGUGGCAGAAGCAGUCCCGGUUCUACUUCAUAGAGGACACAGACAAGUGUGUCAUCCAGAUAACUGAUGUGGAGUUCAACUACUGCAAUGAGUACCUUGGCUGCACUGACAGACUGGUUAUAACACCCUUAACAGACAGGUGCUAUAUCACUCUUGCCCAAGCCCUGGGAAUGAGCAUGGGAGGUGCCCCAGCAGGUCCAGCUGGAACAGGCAAGACUGAGACUACCAAAGACAUGGGCCGAUGUUUGGGAAAGUAUGUCGUGGUAUUCAACUGCUCUGACCAGAUGGACUACAGGGGGCUGGGCCGAAUAUACAAAGGUUUGGCUCAGGCUGGUGCAUGGGGCUGCUUCGAUGAGUUCAACCGUAUUGAGCUGCCAGUGCUUUCAGUGGCUGCCCAGCAGAUCUACAUUGUGCUACAGUGCAAAAAGAACAAGAAACAACAGUUUGUCUUCACAGAUGGGGAUGUGGUAGACAUGGACAGAGAGUUCGGCAUUUUCCUGACUAUGAAUCCGGGCUAUGCUGGGCGGCAGGAGCUGCCUGAGAACCUGAAGAUCCAGUUCCGCACUGUAGCCAUGAUGGUACCUGACAGAGCCAUCAUUAUGAGGGUCAAGCUGGCCAGCGCUGGUUUUCGUGACAACCAGAUUCUCAGCCGCAAGUUUUACACUCUGUACAAGCUUUGUGAAGAGCAGCUUUCCAAACAGGUUCACUAUGACUUUGGUUUGCGCAAUAUUCUGUCUGUGCUGAGGACACUUGGUGCUGUGAAGAGAUCUAAUCCAACAGAGCCAGAGAAGACAGUGGUGAUGAGAGUGCUGAGAGACAUGAACCUCUCAAAACUGGUGGACGAAGAUGAGCCUCUGUUUAUGAGCUUAAUCAAUGACCUUUUCCCUGGAAUCACUCUGGAUAAGGCUGGAUACCCUGAGCUAGAGGCAGCCAUUCAGAAACAAACUGAGGAGGCAGGACUAAUUGCACACCCUCCAUGGACACUCAAGCUCAUUCAGCUAUACGAGACGCAGCGUGUCCGGCACGGUAUGAUGACUCUGGGCCCCAGUGGAGCAGGAAAGUCGAAAUGUAUUCUCACCCUUAUGAAAGCAAUGACAGACUGCGGGGCCCCUCAUAAGGAGAUGAGGAUGAACCCCAAAGCCAUCACAGCCUCUCAGAUGUUUGGGACACUGGAUGUUGCGACCAAUGACUGGACAGAUGGUGUGUUCUCCACUUUGUGGAGGAAAACUCUAAAGGCCAAAAAGGGAGAGCACAUAUGGAUAGUACUGGAUGGCCCAGUAGAUGCCAUUUGGAUUGAAAAUCUGAAUUCAGUACUUGAUGACAACAAGACUCUUACCCUGGCCAAUGGAGACCGCAUCCCUAUGGCGCCAAACUGCAAAAUAGUGUUUGAGCCUCACAAUAUUGACAACGCGUCCCCUGCCACGGUCUCGCGCAAUGGCAUGGUGUUCAUGAGCUCCUCCGUGCUGGACUGGAGGCCUAUUCUGAAAGCCUGGCUGCAGAAGCUCCCACCGCUGCAGUCUGAAGUCUUGUGGAACUGCUUCAGCAGUGUCUUCCAGGACCUAAUAAAUUUUGUUUUCACUGCUGUUUCUCCAAAAAUGCAAAUCCUAGAAUGCAUGUACAUCAAGCAAGCCAUCGACCUGUUACAAGGCCUUUUGCCAGUCACUGAGGAGAAGCAAACCAGCCAAGAGCAUGUGGCAAGGCUCUUUGUUUUUGCCGUUAUGUGGUCAAUUGGAGCCCUUCUGGAGCUGGAAGACAGGACAAAAAUUGAGAAUUUUCUUCGCACCUACUCUGCAACCUUGGAACUUCCUGUGACACAGGGUGAAGAGACUAUUUUUGAGUUUGUUGUGAAUGAGAGUGGAGAAUGGGAACAUUGGUCAAAAAAGGUGCCUGAAUACAUAUAUCCAAAAGACUCAGUUCCUGAGUAUGCUUCUAUCCUGGUCCCCAAUGUGGACAAUGUAAGAACAGACUUCCUCAUGCAGACCAUAAUGAAACAAGGCAAAGCUGUGCUGCUCAUUGGCGAGCAAGGAACGGCAAAAACUGUCAUGGUGAAGGGUUACACAAGCAAAUAUGACCCUGAAAUCCAUAUGACCAAAAGCCUGAACUUCUCUUCUGCCACCUUACCCAACAUGUUCCAAAAGAGCAUUGAGAGUUACAUUGAUAAGAGGAUGGGCACCACUUAUGGUCCCCCAGCAGGCAAGAGGAUGACGGUCUUCAUUGAUGACAUCAACAUGCCAGUGAUAAAUGAAUGGGGAGACCAGAUCACUAAUGAAAUUGUCCGUCAGCUGAUGGAACAAAGGGGCUUCUAUAACCUGGACAAGCCCGGAGAGUUCACCAAUGUGGUCGACAUCCAGUUUGCAGCGGCCAUGAUUCACCCUGGAGGGGGGCGGAAUGACAUCCCCCAGCGUCUGAAACGACAGUUCACCGUCUACAACUGCACGCUGCCCUCCAACUCCUCCAUCGACAAGAUCUUCCGCACUGUGGCUGAGGGCUACUUCUGUGAGCAGAGGGGAUUCCCUGCUGAUGUCUGCACUCUGGCCGGGUCUCUGGUGCCCACUACUCGUAGGGUGUGGCAGGCUACUAAAACUAAGAUGCUGCCAACACCUGCUAAAUUCCACUACAUCUUCAACCUCCGAGAUCUGAGCAGGAUCUGGCAGGGCAUCCUUGCAGUCACCUCUGAGGUCUGCCAGAAAGAAGAGAUACUGGUUGCUCUAUUCCAACAUGAGUGCACUCGUGUUAUUGCGGAUAGGUUCACCAACCCGAAGGACAAAGAAUGGUUUGAGCAAACUAUGGACAAGAUAGCCAUUGAGGACCAUGGAGCACCUCUCAUAGAGAAGACACCCAAAGAAGCCUAUUUUGUUGACUUCUUGAGAGAUGCCCCUGAGGCUACAGGGGAUGAGCCUGAAGAUGCAGACCUGGAGGCUCCAAAGAUCUAUGAACCUAUCCCUUCUUUUGAGGCUCUGUGUGAGCGCCUGGAGAUGUUCAUUCAGCAGUAUAAUGAGGCUGUUCGGGGGAAUGCAAUGGAUUUAGUGUUCUUCAAGGACGCCAUGAUACAUCUGGUGAAGAUCUCUCGAAUCAUCUGCACCCCACAGGGGAAUGCUUUGCUGGUGGGAGUGGGAGGGUCAGGAAAGCAGAGCUUAACCCGAUUGGCUUCCUUUAUUGCUGGAUAUGAAAUCUUCCAAAUAACUCUGACAAGGACGUACAACACAAGUAACUUAAUGGACGACCUGAAGCACCUGUACCGAACAGCUGGACAGAAGGGGAAAGGCAUCACCUUCAUCUUCACGGACAAUGAGAUCAAAGACGAAUCCUUCCUAGAGUACAUGAACAAUGUGCUAGCAUCCGGCGAGGUAUCUAACCUCUUUGCACGAGAUGAGGUGGAUGAAAUCACUCAGGACCUCAUUCCUGUUAUGAAGAAAGAAUAUCCCAGGCGGCCUCCCACUGCCGAGAACCUCUAUGACUACUUUCUGUCCCGUGUGCGUAGCAACUUGCAUGUGGUCCUCUGCUUCUCGCCUGUGGGGGAGAAAUUCCGCACGAGGGCGCUCAAGUUCCCUGGCCUCAUCUCUGGCUGCACAAUGGACUGGUUCCAGCGCUGGCCCCGUGAUGCUCUUGUGGCUGUGGCCCAGCACUUUCUGGCCUCCUAUAAGAUUGAAUGCUCGACAGAGGUGAAACAGAGUGUAGUGGGCUCCAUGGGCAGCUUCCAGGACCUGGUGGCAGAGAAGUGUGUAGAAUACUUUGAGCGUUUCCGCCGACAGACCUAUGUCACUCCCAAGUCCUACUUAUCCUUCAUAGAAGGCUAUAAGAUCAUCUACACUGAGAAGAUCGCCCAUGUUGGAAUGCUUGCCGACCGCAUGAAAACAGGCCUUGCAAAGCUGAUGGAAGCAGAGGUGUCAGUCAGUCAAUUGUCAAAGGAGUUGGCUGUGAAGGAAAAGGACCUAGAAGUGGCUUCCAAGAAAGCAGAUGGGGUCCUGCAAGAGGUGACAGUCAAAGCCCAGGCAGCAGAGCAGGUCAAAAUGCAGGUGCAGAAGGUGAAGGACAAGGCCCAGGCCAUUGUGGAUGAAAUUGAAGCAGACAAAGCUGUGGCAGAGACCAAACUGGAGGCAGCCAAGCCUGCGCUGGCUGGGGCUGAAGCAGCACUUCAGACUAUCAAGCCAGCGGACAUUGCCACUGUAAGGAAACUGGGAAAGCCUCCCCACCUGAUCAUGCGCAUCAUGGACUGCGUCCUCCUGCUGUUCCAGAGGAGGGUGGACCCUGUGACCAUGGACCCAGAGAGACCCUGCCUGCGGCCUUCCUGGAGCGAAGCCCUCAAGCUCAUGAACAACUCUGGGUUCCUUAGCAUGCUACUCACUUUCCAAAAGGACACCAUCACAGAAGAAGUUGUUGAACUGCUCACCCCUUACUUGGAAAUGGAAGAUUAUAACCUGGAAACAGCCAAGAAAGUCUGUGGCAACGUGGCAGGGCUAUGUUCCUGGACUGAGGCAAUGGCAUACUUCUUUGGCAUCAACAAGGAGGUCCUUCCUUUAAAGGCAAACCUGACUCUUCAAGAAGCACGUCUGGGUGUGGCUCAGACGGAACUAAAAAAUGCCCAGCAGCAGCUGGACGCCAAGCAGAAGGAGCUGGAUGAAGUGCAGGCCAUGUACGAUGCAGCCAUGAGGGAGAAGCAGACCUUGCUUGACGACGCUGAGGCUUGCCGGAGGAAGAUGAGCAAUGCCACAGCUCUCAUUGAGGGGCUGGGGGGAGAGAAGAUCCGAUGGACAGAGAGCAGCAGACUCUUCCAGGACCAGAUCAAGCGGUUGGUGGGAGAUGUGCUACUGGCCACUGGCUUCCUGUCCUACUCAGGACCGUUCAACCAGGAGUACAGGAACCUUUUGCUGCAGCUGUGGAAAAAAGAGAUGAGCAUGUACAAAAUCCCCUAUAGUGAUGACCUUAAUCUUAUCAGUAUGCUGGUGGACAAUGCCACCAUCGGUGAAUGGAACCUGCAGGGUCUUCCCAACGAUGAUCUGUCCAUUCAGAAUGGUAUUAUUGUGACCAAAGCUUCCCGCUACCCACUCCUCAUUGACCCCCAGGGUCAGGGCAAGAUCUGGAUCAAAAACAAGGAGAAGGCAAAUGAACUGCAGGUGACAUCUUUAAACCACAAAUACUUCCGAACACAUUUGGAGGACUGCCUGUCCCUUGGAAGACCUUUGUUGAUUGAAGAUGUUGGAGAAGAGCUGGAUCCUGCACUGGACAACAUACUAGAAAAGAACUUCAUCAAAUCUGGGUCUACAUACAAAGUUAAAGUGGGUGACAAAGAGGUUGACGUCAUGAAAGGUUUUACUCUUUACAUAACCACCAAACUAGCCAACCCAGCCUACACCCCUGAGAUCAGUGCCAAGACAGCUGUGAUCGAUUUCACUGUUACAAUGAAGGGGCUUGAGGACCAGCUGCUGGGACGUGUCAUCCUCACAGAGAAGCAGGAAUUGGAGUCAGAAAGAGUAAAGUUGUUGGAAGAGGUGACAUUCAACAAAAGGAAAAUGCAAGAACUAGAAGAUAACCUGCUGUUCCGCCUGACUAGUACUCAAGGCUCCCUGGUGGAGGAUGAGUCCUUGAUUGAAGUCCUCAGAGUGACAAAGACCACUGCAGAGGAGGUCAGUGAAAAGUUAACAAUCGCAGCAGAAACAGAAGUGAAAAUCAACUCGGCUAGGGAGGAAUAUCGCCCUGUGGCCACCCGUGGCAGCAUCCUGUACUUCCUGAUUGUGGAGAUGAGCCUGGUGAACAUCAUGUACCAGACGUCUCUUCGUCAGUUCCUUGGCCUGUUCGACAUGUCAAUGGAGAAGUCUGUCAAGUCACAGAUCACCUCCAAGCGAAUAGGCAACAUCAUUGAGUACCUCACCUAUGAAGUCUUCAAAUACACAGCACGUGGCGUCUAUGAGGAUCAUAAGUUUCUCUUUACACUGCUCAUGGCCCUGAAAAUCGACCUGCAGGCCAAGAAGAUCUCCCACAAUGAGUUUCAGACCCUGAUCAAAGGUGGGGCCUCUCUGGACCUUAAUUCUGUGGAGCCCAAACCCCGAAAGUGGAUCCUUGACAUGACUUGGCUGAACCUGGUACAGCUGUCCAACCUGUAUCCCUUCACUCAACUUCUGGGCCAAGUGGCCAGGAAUGACAAGGCCUGGAAAUCCUGGUUUGAUGAGGAGGCCCCAGAAGAGGCCCCAGUGCCUGAUGGCUAUGACAGCUUGCUGGACACAUUUCGGAAACUGCUGCUAAUAAGGAGCUGGUGCCCUGACCGCACAAUAGCACAGGCCCGUCACUAUAUCGCAGAGUCCAUGGGGAGCAGGUAUGCAGAAGGACUGAUCCUGGACAUGGAAGGAAUGUGGGCAGAAAGUGACAAUCGAACUCCAAUGGUCUGCUUCUUGUCAAUGGGCUCUGACCCCACUGAAAACAUUGAGAGGCUUUCCAAAACUAAGAAUGCACCAUGUCGUGCCAUCUCCAUGGGUCAAGGCCAGGAGGUGCAUGCUCGAAGGCUGCUCAACCAGAGCAUGGCUGAUGGGGGCUGGCUACUCCUGCAGAACUGCCAUCUGGGCCUGGACUUCCUGGAAGAGCUGCUGGAUACUAUUACCAUCGCUGAGGGCAUGCACGAAGGCUUCAGAGUGUGGAUCACUACUGAGGUGCACCCAAAAUUCCCAAUCAACCUCCUGCAGUCAUCCAUCAAAUUCACCAAUGAACCCCCACAAGGAGUGAAAGCUGGUCUGAAAAGAACCUACAGCAGUGUGACCCAGGAGCAGCUGGAGAUCAGCAAUUUGCCUCAGUGGAAACCUCUGCUGUAUGCUGUUGGCUUCCUUCAUACCACAGUGCAGGAGAGGCGCAAGUUUGGUCCCUUGGGCUGGAAUAUUCCCUAUGAGUUCAAUCAAGCUGACUUCACAGCCAGUGUGCAAUUUGUCCAGAACCAUCUGGAUGAUAUGGACAUCAAGCGGGGCGUUAACUGGAAUUGCCUGCGCUACAUGCUGGGAGAAGUGCAGUAUGGGGGGCGAGUCACUGAUGACAUGGACAAGCAUCUGCUCAACACCUUUGCACGGGUUUGGUUCGGGGAAAACAUGUUUACCGACAAGUUUUGCUUCUACAAGGGUUAUGUCAUCCCCAAGGGUAAGACCGUGCAGGAUUACCUUGUGCACAUCGAGAUGCUCCCUCUCGUUGACACUCCAGAGGUUUUUGGUCUCCACUCCAAUGCGGACAUAACAUAUCAGACCAACAUGGCAAACGAGACACUGAACACCAUAGUGAACAUCCAGCCCAAGGACAGUGGGGGUGGAGGCGGGGAGACUCGGGAGGCCACAGUACAGCGACUCGCUGACGAGAUGCUGGAAAAACUUCCUCCUGACUACAUCUCGCACGAGGUGAAAGCACGCCUCCAGAAGAUGGGCCUCUUUCAGCCGAUGAACAUCUUCUUGAGGCAAGAGAUUGAUCGCAUGCAGCGCAUCAUCGGUAGAGUUCGCACCACUCUCACGGACCUCAAGCUGGCAAUAGAUGGUACUAUUAUAAUGUCUGAGGAUUUGAGAGAUGCCCUGGACAACAUGUAUGAUGCCCGAAUCCCCAAACUAUGGCAAAAGAUUUCCUGGGAGUCAGCUACCCUGGGCUUCUGGUUCACCGAGCUCCUGGAGAGAAACCAGCAGUUCCAUACAUGGCUUUUUAACGGCCGGCCUAAUCAGUUCUGGAUGACAGGCUUCUUCAACCCUCAGGGGUUCUUGACAGCAAUGAGACAAGAAACAACUCGAAUGAAUUUAUCCAAAGGCUGGGCCCUGGACAGUGUGAUCUUGCACAAUGAUGUCACCAGGAUGAUGAAGGAGGAUGUCACUGCGCCUCCGCCUGCCGACAUCGGAGGAGUCUAUAUCUACGGGCUCUUCCUGGAUGGAGCAGGAUGGGACCGUCGCAACACGAAACUAAUUGAGUCUUCCCCGAAGGUCCUUUUUACUCCUCUGCCAGUGGUCCAUGUUUACGCCAUCAGCACCUCAUCCCCCCCAGACCCAAAGAGACAGACGGGGAGCAUGUACUCAUGUCCAGUGUACAAGAAGCCACGCAGGACUGAUCUAACCUACAUCUUCUCUCUGUACCUGAAAACAACACAGGUUCCAGACCACUGGACACUGCGGGGGGUAGCCUUGCUUUGUGACUCAAAAUAAGAUAUCACCCCAAACCUCCACUAUUGCCCAGACCUACACUGCUGACAGAAGCAUAUUUAUAACUUCUUACUCUCUUACCCUCCCUUCUGCAGAAGCACAUUUAUAACUACUUACUCUCUGGUCCUAAUGACCAUUGACAUGAAUAUAUUUUAUUCAUGUACAGAUACCAAAAACAUUGUAUUUGGUAGUGUAAAUACAUCUUAUAGUAUUGCUUUGUGGAAAAAUACUGUAUUACUUUCCCUUGAUAUUGUUAUUUAAUGUUUGCUUAUAUACGUAAGAUAAUAUUAAAUGUGAAGCUGUAAAAAGUUAGCAUUACCCCAAUUAAUGGACAUUUAGUUGCACUUAUCAACUGUAAUACCUAUAACAGAGUGUCCAAAUGGUAUUCACAUUUUUAAGUAAACUGAGAGGUUUGGCAUGACAUUUAAUACUUAUUAUUUGUUAUUGGAAAUUUUCAUUUUAUUGUGUUUCGUUAAAAAGUUCACAGGUACAGUAUGAAACAUGCUUGUUAUUUGUCAGCAGCAACCAAUCACUUAUUCAGGUUACUAUGUUAUAAAGUACUCUAAAGAUAAGUAAAGUACUGAAGUAAAGUUAUAAAGUGUGCUAAAACUUAAGUUUUAAAUAGUGGUAUCAUGUAUCAUGUCUGAUAUCUGGUUGGGAAGGAUGUAGAAAUUGCCUCAGUCUGCGAGUCACACUAUAAUCUAUCAUUUUGAAAUAUAAUGUCAGCUUACUUUUCCUCCCCAGUCCACAUGCUUGUAAAAUUAUUGAAAAUGUUGUCUUUAAUAAUUUUUUUUACAAAUGUGACUCUAAUUUCAAAAAUACAGAAUUUCUUUUGAAAAUGUAAGUCAAUUAUAACUUAAUAAAAAAAUACACCCUAAGCAGAAAAACAGCCCAAAGGCACAACCUAAUGUAUUUUAGCUUAUGUUGAGCCUUUGCAAGGACAAAAGUAAAAAAAAAAACAUGGUGUAUGUGCAUUGUUUCAAAUAUGCUACAAUGCUGUUGUGUCAUCUUGUGAAACCUGAUGCUUUUAAUUUUGCAAUACUAAACAGUAAAAAAUAAAUGAAAAAAUAAACAAAACAUAUAAACUACAGUAUAACAGAUGAAUAACAAAGAUACAUACUGUAUGCACAGCUGAAUUUCUGUUCCACAAAUUUAUAGUUGUCGAGGAAAGAUAAAAAAACUGAGGUACAGUAGAUAGCAUGGUAUAGCAGACACCAUAAAAUGCACAGAACCUGCCUCCUCAUUCUUCUGUGCUGUUCACCUGACAUAAAGCAGGUGUAGGAAUAUGGAACAUGUUACACCCAUGUGGUUGGAACCGAUACCCAGGCGUUUUUCAGGAAACGGCUUGAUAAGUGCCUCCGAUCAAUCAGGGAAUAGCUACCAAUCUGUACUAUUAAUUUUCAAUGCAACAAAACUUUUUAUUUGGAUUUUAGACAAUUGUUCAUUUAACUGUUUAGGUAUUCACAAACCAGUCUUCCCUAAAAUGAUUUGGUACACUGAGACAAACUACAACUAUUUCAAAAGAAAAAA